AUGGAGGUUAAACAGAUCGAUAUCGAAGACGUCAUUUCCAAGUUGACGGUGGAAGAAAAGGCCUACCUUAUCAGUGGUAGAGACUUCUGGCACACUUAUCCAGUUCACCGCCUUGGUAUUCCCUCUUUGAGGUUUUCAGAUGGGCCUUACGGUGUGAGAGGAACGAAGUUUACUGAUGCUGUACCUACGGCGUCCAUUCCAAGUGGAACGGUUUUGGCGUGUUCUUGGAACACAGACUUGAUGUAUGAGCUUGGUAAGAUGAUGGGAGACCAGGCCCGUGCCAAAGGAGCCCAUCUUGUUUUGGGCCCUACUAUUAACAUGGCAAGAAGUCCUUUGGGCGGUAGAAGUUUCGAGUCUUUUGGCGAGGAUCCCGUUUUGACUGGUCUCUUGGCUUCAGCAUUGUCUCUGGGUAUCAAGGACAGAAAGAUGAUGAUUUGUCCUAAGCACUUGGCUUGCAAUGAUAAGGAAGACGACCGUACGGCCAUGAACGUGGAGCUUUCUGAGCGUGCUCUUAGAGAAAUUUACAUGCUCCCAUUUAUGAUUGUGCAGAAGAAGAACGACCCAGAGUCGUAUAUGACUGCUUACAAUAAGAUCAGGGGUAAACACGGUUCUGAAAAUGAGUACUUGAUGAGGGAGAUUGUCGAGAAGGAAUGGGGCUUCAAGGGAUGUUUUAUGUCCGACUGGUUCGGCACGGUUUCAACUGCUGACAGUAUCAAUGCCGGGUUGCACCUUGAGAUGCCCGGUCCUCCAAUCUGGAGAGGAAAGCUUGUGGAAAACUGCGUUCAACAUAGAACUGUCACUGAGGAGUCUUUGAAUGAAGCAGUCAGAGGUGUGUUGACCUUGGUGAAUGGUGCUGCCAAGUCUGGUAUUCCAGAAGACGCUUACGAGGGCCAGCUUCACAACAAAGAGGUUAUUGCGCUUAACCGCCAGGCUGCUAGAGAGGCGCUUGUGUUGUUGAGAAAUGAGAACAUUCUUCCAUUGCAAAAAAAGAAGGUGUUGGUUAUUGGCGAGUCUGCAAAGAAGGCCAACUACUGCGCUGGUGGUGCUUGUACUGUGAACGCAUACCACCCUGUUUCCAUGUAUGACGCUUUGGUUGAGAAUCUUGGUGAGUCCAACGUCGACUGGGUCAUUGGUGCUCCAAACAGAAAAAUCCUUCCAUCAUUGGGUCUGUACGCUAAGGAACAGUCGAAGAAACCUAUUAAAUACUGUACCUACGAUGAACCAAGAUCCGUCAAGGACAGGAAGGUUAUUAGCGAGUUGACAAUUCCAGAGGUCAGUGUCAUGAUGUUUGAGUACGACCCUGCCACUAUCAGACCGGGCCACCACUUGCACGCAACUUUCCUGGUUACUAUUAAUGUUCCCGAAUCUGCAAAAUACAGAUUCAACUUGAAGGUAGGUGGUUCUGCCUGGGUUUUAAUUGACGGUGAGGUAAAAGCUACUCAUAUUAACAAUUACAAGUCGGGAAGUGACAUGGGUAUGAACGCUCCGGUAAUUUUCUCAGAGGUUUAUUUGGAAGCUGGUAAGGACUACUUGUUUGAAGUUGAUUUUGAAAGCACUUCUGGCAAGGGAGGAAUGCUGGCGGGCUGCUUAUACUGUGGUCUCGAGAAGGCUGUUGCUCCAGAGGAAUAUAUCAAGGAGGCUGUUGAGCUUGCCAAGAAGUACGAACAGGUAAUUGUCAUCACUGGUCUUAACAAGGACUUUGAGACUGAGGGUAUUGACCGUUCCACCAUGGGCAUGCCACCUUACCAAGACUUGCUUGUUGAGUCUGUCUUGGACAGCAACCCCAACUCUGUGAUCAUUGUCGAGAGUGGAACAGCAGUCACUCUUCCUUGGGAGAAGAAGGCAAAGGCUCUUUUGCACUCUGGAUACCUCGGUGAAGAGCUCGGAAAUGCCAUUUAUGAUGUUGUCUUCGGCGACUACAACCCAAGCGGUAAGCUCACAUACACUUGGCCAAAGAGGUACGAGGACAAUUCCUCUGCUACCAGUUUCGAACUUGAUAAGAGCUACUCCUUGACCUACCUCGACGAUAUCUACAUGGGCUACCGCCACAACGACAUUAGCAAGAUUGAGCCAUUGUUCGCUUUUGGUCACGGUCUUUCCUAUACAUCCUUUGCGUUUGACAACCUCAAGGUUGAUGUUGGCGAAGAAAGCAUUCAAUUGUCUGUUGAUGUGAAGAACACAGGUGCGAUUGAUGGCUCUGCUGUGGUCCAGGCUUACGUCUUGCCUAAGAAUUCAUCUGUUCCUGUCGCUGUCAAGAGCUUGAAGGGUUUCACCAAGGUUUUCUGUAAGGCAGGUACUUCUAUCACCGCUAAUAUUAGCUUGGACAAGAAGUUGGCUUGUUCAUUCUACAACACCAAUAUCAAGCAAUGGACUUUAGAGGCCGGUGAUUACGAAGUUGCAGUUGGCUCUUCGAGCGACAAGCUUGAGGCUACCAAGACCUUCAAAAUUGAAAAGAGCACUAACUGGACUAUGCUUUAG